CCGUCCGCUCAGCCGUACUUAAGCCACACGCCGGCAGGUUAGUAGUUGGGUGGGUGACCACCAGCGAAUCCCUGCUGUUGUAUGUAUUUUUUUAUCUUUAUUUUUGAACCUCCCUUGAGCCUAUACUGCUAGUUUUUGUUUCAUCGUCAGACCGAUCACAAGUACGCAGUAGUGGUCGUCGUCUGUUCAAUCGAUCCUACACUAUGAGUACGUCGAGCGUCAUGAUAGAACCAGUCCUAAACAGUUCAUCGGUUUCGGAAUGCAUCCCCGGCCAUCCAAAACGUGUUAUUCUACGACUUCGUGUCAGCGAUUUCGAUAAUCAUGGUCCAGCAGAGCUUGACCGUGCCAUUAUGGCAUACCUAUCGUCCGCCGGUCGCUCUGUUCGGUAACGAACUAAGCCAAAGAAUACAUCACUCGCAUAUUGAACCACUCCCAAUCCCCGGAGAUGAAGCAGAAAUCAUUCCAUAUAGUUCUCGAUAUUGAGAAAGAUAUGCUCAAAGACCCAGACUUCGAGCAGCUUGAGCAUGAGGUUCAUCGUGUUCGUCGUGCUAGGGACGGAACACUCAUUGUUAACAGGAUCCAAAAUCCAAUAGAGGAGCAGAAUUUUGUGAAAAAAAUGCGACAAUUCACUGACAUCUUUUAUCCAUGGGCAAGAUAAUAUCCAUCUUGGAGGCCUGGUUCAAAAAAAUCUGGUUCAUGAAUAAUCAAAUCUGAAUCUCACAUCUCUCCUUUAUAAACAAACCUCCGUUUCCUUUUCGCAGCUAUGUAGCUAUAUUUUGGAGAUUACUUAGUUGGGCUUCAAAACAUUGAUUUUUGACAUCUUUUCUAGGAAGACGGAUGUUUAAAUCUAGGUCUUGCUCAGUGUCUCUUGUCAGAACUCGGCUAUUAAGUGUGACUUUCUACUCGAUCAAACAACGCAGAGCACACGCUCAUCGUUUACAUCUUCCAUUGUCCCUUUCCGCCUCGUCUAAGAAACACGGCCUACCAGUUCCGAGACUGGGGCAACGGGGU